AUGAUGUCUAAUUUAUCUUACGGCCUCAAUAUAACAAAGAAACCUCCGUUAGGUCAGAGGCCGCCACCAGCAAAGCGGAAGACCAUCUUCGACGACGACUCUGGUCCCGAAGAUGGACCCGACGACGAAGAUGCACCGGAAUCCAUAUCCACCCUAGGCGGUCUUCAACCCUCCUCCAAACCCAAAUCUUCAAUAUCCACUUCUACAGCCCCUCCCUCACGCCCAUCUAAACCGUCAAAGAUCUCCCAAUAUGGCGACCUCUCCACAAACCACUCUACUAAUAAGCAUUCCAAAUCUGCUCAAGCCCUCGACCCCAACAUCUACGACUACGACGCCGUCUACGAUUCCCUACAUGCCAAACCCGCCUCCUCUACCUCUACCGCCGACGUCGAAAAGAAACCCAAAUACAUGGGCAAUCUCCUCGCAGCAGCGGAAGUCCGCAAGCGCGACCAAUUGCGCGCGAAGGAGAAGAUGUUAGCGAAGGAGCGAGAACUGGAGGGGGAUGAGUUUGCAGAUAAAGAGAAGUUUGUGACCGGUGCCUACAAAAGGCAGCAGGUGGAGAUGAGGCGGUUGGAGGAGGAGGAAGUGCAGAAGGAGAAAGACGCAGAGGAGAGAAAGAGGAGGGAGGGUGGGGGGAUGAAGGCCUUGUACAAGAACUUGUUGGAGAGGGAUGAGAUGAAGCAUAAGGAGGUCAUGAAGGCUGUGGAGGAGGGGAGGGGUCAAGAGGGUCAGGCCGAUGGGGAAGAAAAGGACGCGAAGAAGGGGAAGAGCGAGGCGGAGCUUGCAAAGGAAAAGGGCGCCGUUAUCAACGAGGAGGGGCAGGUCGUUGAUAAGAGGCAGUUGCUCAGCGCUGGACUCAAUGCUGUGUCUGCGCCUAAGCCGAAACCACCGCCAGAUCCUCGGUCAAGAGGAAGUGGGCCUGGAGGAGGGCGUGGCGGCAGGGAAUCAGCACGGGAAAGGGAGACGCGGAAUUUUGAGGAGCAGCUACUUGGCAAACAUGGCGCUGACGAUAGUAGUGAUGACGGGGCAGAUCGAGCUUCCAAGAGCCGCAAGUUGGAGGAUGAGCUGCUGGGUCUCGGCACGCCAUGA